AUGGCGAGCACAGCUGGAAAGGCCGCCGUCGCUUGGGAGGCUGGGAAGGACCUAACCAUCGAAGAGAUUGAGGUAGAUCCUCCAAAGGCACACGAGGUCCGAAUUGAGAUACACUAUACUGGAGUUUGCCAUACCGAUGCGUACACUCUUUCCGGCAAAGAUCCAGAGGGUGCUUUUCCCAUUGUCCUUGGCCAUGAGGGUGCUGGUAUCGUUGAGUCCGUUGGAGAGGGCGUCACUUCUGUGAAGCCCGGCGACAGGGUUAUCGCGCUAUACACACCAGAAUGCCGUGAAUGUAAAUUCUGCAAGUCCGGAAAGACAAACCUCUGCGGGAAAAUCAGAGCUACCCAGGGUCGUGGAGUGAUGCCAGAUGGGACUACCCGUUUCAGAGCCCGUGGAAAAGACCUGUUGCAUUUCAUGGGAACCUCCACUUUCUCUCAGUACACCGUUGUGGCUGAUAUAUCAGUGGUUGCCAUCACAGACAAGAUUGGGCUAGAUAAAGCCUGUCUUCUCGGGUGUGGUAUCACCACCGGUUAUGGAGCCGCAACGGUUACCGCCAAGGUCGAAGAAGGCUCAAACAUCGCCGUCUUCGGUGCAGGAUGUGUUGGCCUCUCUGUUAUCCAGGGAGCUAUCCAAAACAAAGCUGGUAGGAUUAUCGCUGUGGAUGUGAAUGAUUCCAAGGAGGCGUGGGCACGUAAAUUCGGUGCCACGGAGUUCGUCAAUCCAUCCAAACUAGGGAGCAAGUCGAUUCAGGAAUACCUGAUUGAAACUACUGAUGGCGGGUGUGACUAUACCUUUGACUGCACCGGCAACGUUGGCGUCAUGAGAGCUGCUCUUGAGGCCUGUCAUAAGGGAUGGGGCCAAAGUAUCAUCAUCGGUGUCGCGGCCGCUGGCCAGGAGAUCUCUACCAGACCAUUCCAACUCGUCACUGGCCGCGUGUGGAAAGGGUGCGCCUUCGGAGGAAUCAAAGGGCGCACACAGCUCCCCGGUCUCGUUGAUGAUUACCUCAACGGUAAGCUGAAGGUGGACGAAUUCAUCACGCACCGUGAGACCCUACCCAAGAUUAACACUGCCUUUGAGGAAAUGAAGGCUGGUGACUGUAUUCGAUGCGUGGUUGAUAUGACAAAGUGA